UCUGUAAAGGCGGCCCGAGGCGGCCCCAUUCGCACGCCGCUCCGACCGCGGGCCGCACAACUACGGGUCGAGGCGUAACCCUCCCCCCCCCACCAAACGUACACUGCCAACCGUCCCUCUCGUUGUGUCUCAGUGCAUCUCUCUCUCGCUUUAGCAGCUGUAGCUGGAGCCAUAAUGGCGAGGUUUCGCUAAGGACGGGAUAGGUGUUGGCAGCGGCGCGCGGGCGAGGGUGGAGAGAAACAGCAGUUGCGGCGGUAUCAUUAUCCCUGAGCAGCGGCAGCAAGCAGCAGCAAGCGAGGAGCGACGGACGGACAGACUUGACGUCCCGGGGGGGGGGGGUGGGGGGGGGGCUGAGGGGUCGCCAAAGCGAGAAGACGACGACGAGGACGAGUAGGAGGAGGCGAGGGAGUCUUCGCUCUGCCGGGCGAUGUCUGACAGAACCCCGCCGCUCGGUCAGCUCCGCCUGGAGUGGGUUUACGGGUACCGCGGCCACCAAUGCCGCAACAACCUCUACUACACGGCGGCACGGGAGCUCGUGUACUUUGUGGCCGGUGUCGGGGUGGUGUACAACACUCGUGACCACCGGCAGAAAUUCUUUCUCGGCCACACGGACGAUAUCAUCAGCCUGGCCCUGCACCCAGACCGCAGCCUCGUCGCAACGGGCCAGGUGGGACGAGACCCGUACAUCUGCGUGUGGGACUCGUACAACGUGCAGUCCGUCUCCAUCCUCAAGGACGUGCACACGCACGGAGUGGCGUGCCUCGCCUUCGACGUCACGGGACAGCUGCUCGUGUCCGUCGGCCUCGAUGCCAAGAACUCCAUCUGCGUGUGGGACUGGAAGCGCGGCAAGCCGAUCGCCGCCGCGCCCGGGCACACGGAGAGGAUUUUUGACAUAUCCUGGGACGCGUACCAGCCGCAUCGCCUGGCAAGCUGUGGGGUCAAGCACAUCAAGUUCUGGACGAUGUGCGGGAACGCCCUGACGCCCAAGCGCGGGGUGUUUGGCAAGGCGGGCGACCUGCAGACCAUCCUGUGCCUGGCGUGCGCCCGCGACGACCUCACCUACUCGGGCGCCCUCAACGGCGAUGUGUACGUGUGGAAGGGCGUGACGCUCGCCCGCACCGUGCAGGCCGCGCACGCGUCGGCGAUCUUCAGCUUGUACGCGUGCGAAGAGGGAUUCGCCAGCGGAGGACGCGACGGCUGCGUGAGGCUCUGGGACACCGACUUCAAGCCGAUCACGACCAUCGACCUGGCCGAGAGCGACCAGGGCUACAAAGGGCUCUCCGUACGCAGCGUGUGCUGGAGGAGCGACCGCAUCGCCGUGGGCACGCAGGACAGCGAGAUCCUGGAGGUGGCGGUGCGCGAGCGCGACUCGCCGCUGCUCGUCAUGCAGGGCCACUGCGAGGGGGAGCUCUGGGCACUCGCCGUGCACCCUGCCAAGCCGCUCGCCGUCACGGGCAGUGACGACCGUUCCGUCAGGCUAUGGAGCCUGGCCGAUCAUGCGCUCAUCGCUCGCUGCAACAUGGAGGAGGCGGUGAGGUCGGCGGCGUUCAGCCCUGACGGUACGCAGCUGGCGCUCGGCAUGAAGGACGGAUCCUUCACCGUGCUCAGAGUCAGGGACAUGUCGGAGGUGGUGCACGUUCGCGAGCGCAAGGACCCGGUCCACGUGCUGCGCUUCUCACCCGACGGCGCGUACUUAGCGGCGGCGUCGGCGGAGGGCGGCGUGGACGUCUACUCGACGUCGCAGCGCUACAAGAAGGUCGGCGAGUGCUCGCCGGCACCCGCGGGCGCCUGCUCGCUGCAGGGGGCCGUGGGGGCGUCCGGAGUUCCGCUGGACGGCGGGAUGGCCCUGGUGCCAGCGGCCGUGACGCCGGGCGCCGUGGUGGCGAUAGGUUCCGGCGGGCCGGCUGUUGGUGGUGGUGGGGGCGGUGGUGGCGUUGGCAGCGGUGGCGGUGGUUUGGCUGUGCCGGGCGGCCCGGCUGUGGUGGUGCACAUGGACUGGACGUUGGACGGCCGGUUCCUGCACACGAACGACACCAGCGGGCACCGCGCCGUCUUCAGGAUGCCCUUCGGCAAGGUGCUGACGGAGAAGGAGGAGCUGGAGGUGAGCCCGUGGGUGUCCUGGACGUGCCCGUAUGGCAUCGAGGUGGCCGGGGUCCACCCCAAGUACGGCGGCGGUGGCGGCUUCGUUGGCGGUGGCGGUGCGGGCACCAACGUGAGCACGCUGGACGCCAACAUCGCCGGAGGGGUCCUCGGGGCGGGCGACGAGCAGGGCCUCGUGCGGCUCUACCGCUUCCCCAGCUUCAAACGCGGAGCCAAGUUCCGCAAGUACGUGGGCCACUCGGCGCCGGUGACGUGCGCCCGCUGGUCGCAGGACAACGCGUGGCUCGUGAGCAUCGGCGGCACGGACCACUCGCUCUUCCAGUGGCGCUUCAUCCCCGAGGGCGUGCCCGUGUCCGACGCCCCGCCGCAGGAGACGUACACGGAGUCUAACAGCGAGGGCUCCGACUCGGAUUUGUCCGACGUUCCGGAACUGGACUCUGACAUCGAGCAGGAGAUGCAGAUCAACUACGAGCGGCAUGUCUACAAGGAGGACCUCCCGCAGCUCCGUCAGCAGAACCGCGAGAAGAAGCGAGCGGCGACGUCUCAGAGGCGCGAGCGGGCGCCCGGCAGCAGCCUGCGCCUGCACUUUGUGCACGGGUACCGCGGUUACGACUGCCGCAACAACCUGUACUACACGCAGACGGGCGAGGUGGUACACCACGUGGCGGCCGUGGGCAUCGUGUACAACCGGCAGCAGCACACGCAGCGCUUCUACCUGGGCCACGACGACGACAUCCUCUGCCUCGCCAUCCACCCCGCCAAGGACUACAUCGCCACCGGGCAGGUGGGGCGCGACGCCGCGGUGCACGUGUGGGACACGGAGACGCUGCGGCCGCUCGCCGUGCUCAAGGGGGAGCACCGGCGGGGCGUCUGCGCCGUCGAGUUCUCCGCCGACGGGAAGCGACUGGUGAGCGUCGGGCUGGACGAUGCCCACACCAUCGUCGUGUGGGAGUGGAAGCGCGGCGAGAAGAUUGCGUCGGCCAGGGGUCACAAAGAGAAGAUCUUCGUGGCCCGUUUCAACCCUCACGAUGCCGACAAGCUCGUGACCGUCGGCAUUCACCACAUCAAAUUCUGGCAAGUCACUGGCGGUGGGCUGACGUCUCGGCGCGGCGACUUCGGGGCGCUGGCGCGGCGCGACACCAUGAUGUGCGCCGUGUACGGCAAGGCGGAGGACACGGUGUACGCGGGGGCGGCGCGCGGGGACGUCUACCUGUGGAAGGGCGCGACGCUGCUACGCACCGUCAAGGCCCACGACGGGCCCAUCUUCAGCAUGCACGCCCUGGAGAAGGGGUUCGUCACCGGAGGGAAGGAUGGAAUCGUCGGACUCUGGGACGACAACUUCGAGCGCUGCCUCAAGACGUACGCCAUCAAGAGGUCGUCGCUGGCGCCGGGCUCCAAGGGCCUGCUGCUCGAGGACAACCCGUCCAUCCGAGCCAUCACGCUGGGCCACGGACACAUCCUGGUGGGCACGAAGAACGGCGAGAUCCUGGAGGUGGACAAGAGCGGCCCCAUGAUGCUGCUGGUGCAGGGACACAUGCAGAGUGAGGUGUGGGGCCUCGCCGCCCACCCCCACCUGCCCAUCUGCGCGUCGGUGAGCGAUGACAAGACGCUGCGCGUCUGGGACCUCUCGGACAACCACUGCAUGCUGGCCGUGCGCAAGCUCAAGAAGGGUGGCCGCUGCUGCUGCUUCUCGUCGGACGGGAAGGCCCUGGCCGUGGGCCUGAACGACGGCAGCUUCCUGGUGGUCAACGCCAACACGCUGGAGGACAUGCUGUCCUUCCAGCACCGCCGGGAGAUCAUCACCGACAUCAAGUUCUCACCAGACCCUGGCAAGUAUCUGGCGGUGGCGUCGCACGACGGCUUCGUGGACGUCUACCGCGUGCUGAGCAGCAAGCGCGUCGGCACGUGCAAGGGCGCGUCGGGGUGCGUCACCCACCUCGACUGGGACACGAAAGGAAAGCUCAUUCAGGUGAACACGUCCACCAGGGAGCAGCUGUUUUACGAAGCGCCGCGGGGAAAGCGACAGAACAUCCAUCCGCACGAGGCCGAGCGGCUUGAGUUUGCGUCGUGGACGUGCGUGCUGGGCCCCACGUGCGAGGGCGUGUGGGCGGCGCACAGCGACGGCGCGGACGUGAACGCGGCUAGCCUGUCGCGCGACCGCUCCAUCCUCGCCACGGCCGACGACUUCGGAUUCAUCAAACUCUUCCAGUACCCGGUCAAGGGAGCGUAUGCGCGGUGCAAGCAAUACGUCGGACACAGCGGUCAGGUGACCAACGUGCGCUGGGCGUACGACGACAGCCUGCUGCUGAGCGUGGGCGGCGCCGACACGGCGCUGGUGCUGUGGAGCCACGAGCACGAGCGCACGCGCGACUUCCGCCCGCUCGACAGCGAGGAGUCCGACACCGACUCCGAGGAGGACGGAGGCUACGACAGCGACGUGGAGCGGGAGCGGGUGAGCGACUACGCGUCGCGCUCGGCGCUCACCAACAUCCGCCCCAUGGCGGGAGGCGCCAAGCCGCACCUGCAGCCCAAGGAGGCGUCGCCGGACGAUCGGCCAGUGCUCAGCCGCUCCCUCGCCAUGCCCGACAAGGUGCAGAAGAACAACGUCGGGAAGAAACGCAAACCGAUCGAGGACCUCACGCUGGAGCACGUGUUCGGCUACCGCGGCUUUGACUGCCGCAACAACCUCCACUACCUGAACGACGGGGCCGACAUCGUCUACCACACAGCAUCCGUGGCCAUCGUGCACAACCUCGCCACGGGUUCCCAGAGCUUCUACCUUGAGCACACGGAUGACAUCCUCUGCCUGACCGUCAACCAGCAUCCCAAGUUCAAGAACGUCGUAGCCACCGGGCAGAUCGGUGAUAUCACUGACAUGGCAGGUGCCGUGCCGAGUGUGCACGUGUGGGACGCCACCUCCAAGCAGACGCUGGCCGUGCUGCGCUGCGGCCACGCGCGUGCCGUCUGCGGCGUGGGGUUCAGCGCCACGGGGCGGCUCCUCGUCAGCGUCGGCGCCGACCCCGAGCACACGCUCACCGUGUGGCGCUGGCAGGAGGGCGCGCGAGUGUCGAGCCGAGGGGGUCACAGCGAGCGGGUGUUCGCCGCCGAGUUCCGCCCGGACUCGGACUCGCAACUCGUCACCGCCGGCGUCAAGAGCGUCAAGUUCUGGACGCUGGCGGGCGGGGUCCUGCUCGCCAAGAAGGGCGUCCUGGGGCCCGUCGAGGGCGCCCGCGUGCAGACGAUGCUGUCGCUCGCCUUUGGGGCUAACAGCCUGACGUUCACGGGCUCGCUGAGCGGCGACGUGUACGUGUGGCGCGAGCACGUGCUGGUGCGCCUGGUGGCACGCGCGCACACGGGCCCCGUGUUCUCCAUGUACACGACGCUCAAGGACGGCCUCAUCGUCACCGGGGGGAAGGAGCGCCCGAGCAAAGAGGGCGGCGCCGUCAAGCUGUGGGACCAGGAGAUGAAACGCUGCCGAGCCUUCCAGCUGGAGACUGGGCAGCUCCUGGACUGCGUACGCUCCGUCUGCCGGGGAAAGGGCAAGAUCCUGGUGGGCACGCGCGACGGUGACAUCAUCGAGGUCGGCGAGAAGAACGCGGCCUCCAACAUCCUGAUGAGCGGGCACACGCGCGGCCCCAUCUGGGGGCUGGCGGCCCACCCGUCGCGCGACGCCGCCGUGUCGGCCAGCGACGACGGCACCGUGCGCAUGUGGGACAUUGCGGACAAGCGCCCCGUCAACAAGGUGAGCCUCGGGCAGGCGGCGCGCUCGGCGGCGUACAGCCCCGACGGCGACAUGGUGGCCAUCGGCCUGGAGAAUGGCGAGUUCAUCCUCCUGGUGGUGGCCUCCAUGAAGGUGUGGGGCAAGAAGCGCGACCGCAAGUCGGCCGUGCAGGACAUCAGGUUCAGCCCCGACUCGCGCUACCUGGCCGUCGGUUCGUGCGACUGCGCCGUCGACUUCUACGACCUCUCCCAGGGCCCCUCGCUGGCGCGCGUCGGCUACUGCCGCGACGUGCCCAGCUUCGUCAUCCAGCUCGACUUCUCCGCCGACGGCCGCUACAUCCAGGUCUCGACGGGCGCGUACCGGCGCGUCGUGUACGAGGUGCCGACGGGGAAACCCGUGCCAGAGCAGACCGUAGUCGACCGCAUCACCUGGGCGUCCUGGACCUGCACACAGGGUGAGGAGGUGCUCGGAAUUUGGCCGCGCAACGCCGAGAAGUGCAACGUGAACUGCGCGAGCGUCUCCCACUCGGGCCUCACCGUCGCCACCGGCGACGACUUCGGCCUCGUCAAACUCUUCGACUUCCCGUGCCAAGAGCGAUUCACGAAACACAAGCGGUUUACCGGCCACUCGCUGCACGUGACGGCCGUGCGCUUCUCCCAGGGAGAUCGAUUCCUGCUCACGGCAGGAGGCCAGGACAGCAGCGUGUUCGUGUGGAAGUGCCAAUGAUCGUUGGGCGAUGGGGGAGCUCGGAAGACGGGGUGCGAAGCUGCCCCCGCCGCUCCCUGGGGGCCCACCGCCGCGGGGAAGGAGAGAAAAAAGGAGCGGCGGCGCUUAUGCCAUCCUUACCGGAGCGCGGCACACGCGUGUUUGUGGGUUCCGUGCGGCGCUCGAUGGAUAAAUUUUUGGCUGACGCCGAUCGAAGUGUCUUGGCUCCUGAUCGAUGGGUUCGGUUCAACCCUCCGUCGAAGGGCUGCCGCGGCAAAUGCGUGCUCAGGUCGCGGCUCUGGCGGGUGUCGUUUUGCCAAUGAGCCUGCUUUCGAAAGCCCUUGAAUUGGCGGCGGGAUGAACGGGUCCGCUGUUUACGGUAAGACUCGGCGGUUACGGAGGUUUGCGAUCGCAGGUGAAGCGAAACUCUCCGCGAUUUCACGAGCCGCGCGGACUGACGUGUAGCGAUGCCUACGGACGUUGCACCGAUCGCAGAAGCUCGAGCAGGUUCGAGCCUGGUGAGCACGGGGAGCAGUGACCACCAGGGGCUUGCCAGGUGUUGUAGGCUCAGGCUGCAAAGUGGCCAGGAGGUGGCAGUAUUGAGUGUCGCCACUGAGCACGCUUGGUGGGUUUUCCUCUGGAUACGCUGGUUUUCUGCCACGUGAAGCCAAACACACAAUAAUGCAGCAGCGUCCCACCUAAACAAGCCCUGAAACUCACGGAGGCUUCAAUGGCUAAAUCUUUGGCAUUGUUACAGAGGUGCCUGCCGUGUUUGGCUGGCGAGUGUCACUGCUGUCCAUCCCAACUAUGUCAAGGUCACUUCUCGAAUGCGAGAAAUUCAUCCCACACCCACUGGCCUCGCGAGGGGGCGAGCUCUCGCCCGUCGUCGCGAUUGCGCGCCGACAUCGGCCUCUGCCCCAAUUCUUUUCCGCGUAAAAUUUCCGCUUGGGGGAAAGUAAGUUAAUGAAUUGCACGGAUGUGGGCCACAGCAUAAUUAUGUACGGCCUGGGUACAUAUGGCCAACGCACGGCCUGGGUACGUACGGCCUGUGCACGGCCUAGGCUGGCCCAUGCUUUUACCCCUUUUCCGUUGGCACCUUCUGAACGCCACCCGAGCCACAAAGCCCUCGGCAGUGUAACGGAUGGUUUUGCGCCCACCGGCUAUUUUGCUGGAGCCGAGCCAGAACACAAACCCUGAAGCUGUGGCCUCACAAGACAUUCUGAAUCUUUGGCUCAGUGCCAAUAGGGGGGGGUGGGGGCAGGGCUGACGACGCAUCUGUAUCGUGUGUGACGUCGGUCAGUACGCCGUGAGGACAACGGCGUCACCACGUCGUCGCCCACGCGGCCGCGGGUCGAUCGGUGCGCGUCACGACAGGCGGAACGGGCUCGGCUUCUGCAGUGGAUAACAACCGGGCGGCUCCUGCGCCGUGCCGGGCUGGCUCGGGUUUGCGCUGUGGGAAAAGGGGUUGUUCGUGGUCUGAAGUUUGGAUAAGAAUCGUCGGUCCCCCGAUGUAUGUGCCUGUGGUGAUGCUGCUGCUCCUGCUGCUGCUGCAGCCAUUUCUUGAUGGCAAGACGCAGCUGCGUGGAGACGCAGCUGCGUGGAGAUGCAGCACGUUGCUGCCGAUGCGACCGCCGCCGUCGCGAAGCGCGGAGGGUUAAGCUCGGCCGUGUAAAAUAUCGUAGUCCCUUCGUCCAAUGGACCCGUGUACAUACGACUCAAUGAGGCGCAGCGGUAACGCUACCAAACGUCCCAGUUCGGCGGGGAUAGUUUCAGUGGUUUCAGAAAGUGUGUGCAGGUGUUCUCUAAGCUUUAAUGAAAAUCGGGAUUUUGUACCCCGGUUUAACAUUUGGGGACAUUGUGCUCCUUACUCAUGAUUUAGGGCGAAGGGCAGAGCUACAUGUGGAGUGGGUGGGGCUACCUGGGUAGUGGGCGGGGCUAUCCCAAGCAGUGGGCAGGGCCAACGUCAGAGUGGGGCUAGGGCCAUUUGCUGUGAGCGGGGCUAGUGGUUGGGUGGGCGUGGCUAUGUAAAAGGAGGCGGGGCGUGAGAGUGGAGAAGGCUCCCAGAAAUGUGGGCAGCUUUACGCGGCGGUUGGCUUGAGGCACGUGUCAAUAAGUCAAUGGCAAUGUUGUGUACUUGUACGUGACCUGUGCAUAGUUAAUAUUCGUGUACGAGAGCGGCUGUGAGUGCGUGCACGCGCGCCCGUGUGCAAGUGUACAUUCAAUGAAUGGUGGAUGUCGUUCACCUGAAUUUAUAUCAGUAAAUGCCGAAAGUUGCUUUAAUUGGGACUGCGUGAAAGGCCGUAUGUGAAUUAAGGGCAAGCUGCAUGAGUGUUGAAGAUCUCACCGGAUACUGACCCAGCCUACCUAGACUCAAUCAUCUGUGGGUAAAAACAACAACAAACACAACCCCAAAAUUACAAUCGCUAGUGUUGUUAAUAAUCGUAUCACAGUACCAUGUAUUAUCAUUUAUAGCAAGAUAAGUGAGAAUGUGUGUGUGUGCGUGUGGAUCAUUUGCCCUGUGUGGCCUUAGCGUAAACGUCAACUCCAUCUCGCCACGCCGUUCGUACAGAUUCGGUGUUAAUUAACGGCGUCUCGGUCGAUCACUUUUUUUCUCUUUUCCAUCCUCCGAUCUCAACAUCCUGCACCGGACGCAACGGCCCGUUUUGCUAGCCAGUCAUCGUUACUGCAGCCUGGUGAAAAUACACGGGGACUUGAUUUCAACGGAACUUCGUGGAUGUUGUUUAUGUUAUUGUACAUAUUACGUAUCCAUCGGUUUGGUGCUAUUGUGCUGCGGGCUCUCAUUUACCGAUUCGUUCGUGUACUCAAUUGAGGCUAAUGGAUAUUAUUUUAGUCCUUUAACCUACCGGGGCGAGGUUGAUGUUAAAUAUAAACCGCUGCAGUCAUUUUAUCUCCGUGGGUUGUCGCAAUAGUAAAAUGUCUUUUUUUUUUUGUUGCUAAGACAAAGACACCGCUCGUUAUCGUGUGGUGGUAGGCAGGCAAUGCGAAGCAGUGCCAGGAGACUCGGUUCAUCACCUUUAGCCACGAUCUAGCCACCGCUGGAUGAAGGCUUCCCCACAGCCGUCGACAUCUCUCUCGCGCGUGGUCUUGCGGUGCGCCAAUCCAUCCCGUGCGCCCGAGAUGUGAUUUCACUCCUCCAUCUCCGCGGUAGGCGUCCUCUCGCCUAUAAUAAGAUGACCGCGUUUUUUUUCUUGCUCCUCUUAUCCUCACUUGGGCGCACGUAAUGGGAUAGGAUGACGUAGUUCCACUGGGCCACGUCCAGGUCAGUUACGCAAUGAAGUGCGGAUGAUAGGACGAUGGCUUUGCAGACACUCCUGGCUUGCGCCUGUUAUCCUUGCAAAAGCGCAGUUGACAGGAAUAAGGAACUGAAAAUACGGAUAUGAAGAAUUUUCUCUUGUCGAUUCAGUGGGUCGCGUAAAAUUUGAAAUAGCGGGCGAUAGGAUAGUGCAGCGUUCUUCAUUGCAAGGCCCGCGGGGGGAGGGGGGGCACUAGCGGCCCGUGGUGACCUUUCAUGCGGCCCCCGACAAUACACAAAGAGUGAAAACGCUCCCCAUCCCCCUCGUCAUCGUGCUGCUGUCAAACCCCCCCAAUGGUUUCAAAGGUGCGGCGGUCCCUCGCUCACACUGACGACGUCUCAUCGGCCAAAGUGCCCUCCGCCCCCCCGCAUACCCCCUCUUAAAAUGAGUGAAGAACGCCGGUGUAGCGGAUAAGGGGGAGUUUCACGGCCCAUCAGUCGCGUUUGUAUCAUUGUUUGUUUGUUUGUUUUAAGUCGGCAUGCCAAAGUUUACUAUGCACUAAACUUGUACCAGUUCACUGUGCUCCCUGUGCGUGGCGUGGGCCGAGUUGUGGAUGCGGUUGCCAUGCACUUUCCAACCGUUCCAUCCAUCGUGGCUUCAACGUGACACAACCUGUUUGCACAUGCGCGCGCAUACGUAAUACGUGUAACACACGUGCACCAAAAUGACUACAUAAUACGUACCGUAGAUAUGCAUUACUCCGCAUAUGCGCACGCACGCACACGCGCGCGAGUACAAACGUGUACGCGCAGUGUAGCGUGGUCGGAAAGGGUCCUGAGACAAGAAAUAAGCCGAACCCCCCCCCCCGCGCCCCCCACUUCCCGAUCUCUUCAUAGCUCAAACCCUGGGCCCUCCCAUCCCGUGGGCCUUGGCGCAGUUGCACCGCCUACACACUCGCAAUAGCUACGCCGCUGCUCACGCACUCGGACACAUUAAAUAAAAAAGAUGCAUUCAACACCGGUGCAAUAUAAUCUUUCAGUCAUUUUUCGGCUUCAUUACGUUUCGAACUGUGGGACUCGAUACCAUCGUCAGCUUUUCAUUGUUUUGUUGUUGUUGCUAUAUUUGAAUUAUUGCGAUCGUACUUUUUAACUCAAUAAACCAGAGACGUGUGUUUUUUUAAAUUUUGCUUAUCGUGUUUCCCCACGGUGUCACCACAAAUGAAAUAACCGAGGGCGUGUCCCCCUUCAAAUUAUGACAUCUCAGUAUUUCUGUUUGGAACAAAAGAUGUUGAAUUUGAUUUAAACGCCGAGCGCUGGUGUUGCUUUCAUCUCGCGGUUUACAACUUCAAUGUCGGAUUUGGGGUCACGGUGGAGAUGGAUCCGUCACGGCAACUCGACCGCGCAAUCCGCCAAAUCGGUGAUUUUUUUUUUCUUUCCAAUUUACUAAACCGGUUUUGGUUUGUCUUCACGUGCUGUUCAAAUCAGAUUUGCGCUGCCCGAUGCAGCAGAAUCUUGAGAUACUUUUUAUAGUCAUUAAAUUCAGGAUUUUUUUUUGCAAUUUUUUUAACGUAUAUUUUUAUUUUAUUUUUUUGCUAUACACAAAAGCAAAGGCCCUCCGCAGAACAUUGAGCGACAAAAAGAGAUAAAUUGUCUCAUUUACGUAAUUACAAUUUAUGAUUGUAUUCACUCAGCAGGUUGCCCCGGAUGUGUUUUCGGGUUGUGCCGAAUGUAUGGCUGUGUUCGUCAGAUCCUGAAGAAGCUUCCGGCACGUGGGGCGAAAUGUCGGACAUCGUGCCGAACAACGCGGCCACGGUUCAUGCCCAAAUACCACGUUUGGAGAGUUAAAAUUAAGUAUUUUGAUUUAAAACAUUGUUAAAAUAGUUUUGUUUUUGGUUUACCAUUCAAUUGAACUAAAUUGAGCUGAAAUUUCACUCACUGAAAUGCACACGCGCACACGUAUAUAAAGAUAUACUCCACACGUGAAUAAUAUACGUAACUUAUUUUAUAUAUAUGGAAUCUAAAGAUAUAUAACACCUGGCAAUGUAUAUAGUAAUGUGUACACGCCACACAACAUGUACAUACAUAAGUGCGGUAUCUCAAUUGUGUCUGCAAUGUUGUACAUACGUCUUGUAAAUAAUCUACGAAUGAACGGUCAUGCAUGUACGCGUUACUGGUGAGGCGCACACGGCUCUGUGUCCUCCAUCCAUCGGUACGAACAUCACUACAUCGCACAAGUUGUUACAAGGCGUGCACGCGUCUCUCUACGUUUGUCAUGUGCGGAGCCUCAGAUGAGAGAAUAUCUGGUGCGGUGUGCAGUCAACGUCAGCACUAGGGAAAGACAAAGGGGGCCGGGCGUGGUGCUGGCCACCCACGCCCUCGUGUGCCGUGCCGGCCUUCAUGGGUGCUCCUAAACAGCACUUAGCCCUCCCAGGCUAUACGGGGGAUAUUUGUUGUGCGUCGCCAAGUACCGGUAUACAUGCAGCAUGUACCAGACGCGAAUGAGUCCCAUUGACGUUUAGGCGUGCGCAGUUUACAUACAUACACGCGGUUAUACACAUUGGCUUGGCCACACGAUUAAUAAUAAUCACACGCUCUGUUAGUGGCGUGCUGCAGUGUUAAUGCUGUGCAGUGCAUUACACUGAAUGCAAAUGUCUCACACACAGAGAGAGAGAGAGACGAAAGCUACGGCUGAGUAAAACAGAGGCAGUGGGGAGCCCACAGAUUUAAUCGUUUGUGAAAAUCACAUUUCAACCUCGAGGCUGCUGUACGCCAACACAUGCGCUAGGGUGCAGUCUUGAUCAGAGUUGCGCGGCACGGCGCACUUGGCCACGAAUUUGAAUCGACAAUCUCACGUCCCCCGCGUGUAUUGCAGCACUGUUGGAGCGAGGCCCAGCUGAAAUAUAACAUCCGUGAGAUUAUUUCAUUGCACUUGAAAGGAACCACAGAAAUGCAAUUACACUUUUUUUUGUGACUUCGAAAUUGAUCAUUUUCAUCCCAUCCCAUGGGUGAAUUCAAACCGCGUAUGAGUGAAUUUAAACCACGUGGGUUAAUUCAAACCACGUAUAAGUGAAUUUAAACCACGUGGGUUAAUUCAAACCGCAUAUGAGUUAAUUCAAACCGCAUAUAAGUGAAUUUGAACCAAAUGGGUGAAUUUAAACCGCAUAUGAGUGAAUUCAACCCGCAUAUUGGUGAAUUUAAACCACAUGGGUGAAUUUUAACCGCAUGUGGGUGAAUUAAAACCGCAUAUGGGUGAAUUUAACCCGCAUAUGGGUGAAUUCAAACCGCGCAGCGAAUUCCCUGAAGAAAUAUGUUCAUCCCAUAUAUGCGAAAUCGCACAAACUGAACCCGCAUAGAACGAGAGAAGCCCUGUGUAUCCCAUUCUCGCAUUGUAUAACCACAGGGUGGCCUCUUUCGUACAUGUCUGUAUGCUCGUGGGUGCGCGUGUUGACACUUUUGUGAGUAAAGUACGAAAGAUAAACCCGUUAAUUUCCCCAAAAGCCUCUCUCAUAAUUUGUCGGUGUACGCCCCACAAACUGAACGUGAGAUGUAGCUUUUUUUUUCUUAAUGACGUAUAAUUGUACACCGGUCAUGCGCGACAUUGGAUGGCGUUUAAUAAUCUAACGACCUCAAGUAAAAAUCGAAUCGGAACGUUCGUCGGCUGAUCGAACGUAAAUAUGUAUAUGCGCAUACGAGUGUGUAAAAUGCCAUUUCACAAGUACUAUACAGUUCUGUAAGAGUCAGCGGUGUUUUAAAUUGCUCUCGCAAUGAAGGUCUGGGAUUAUGCCAGCCAAUUAUAAGGCAUUGCGUUUUUUUUGUUGAAUUAACUUACCACUUUGUGGAGAGGUCAUUUCCAAGUGUAGGGUCUGAGUUGCAACACUGGUUGGCAUCACAGGGUUGUUAUUAUUUAUGAUCCGAUUUACAUCACGGUGGGACCGGUGGCACUCUGGAUCGUGAGUGACUUUCCUGCAGGGAAGAAGCGGCAGAUCCCAGCGAGAAUCGAGCGGCGAUAUCCACGCGAGCCAGCUCGGGAUUGGCGGUCGCUGGGAUUCUGAGCCCAGUUUUCACUUCCACAAUCAAUCAAUCAAUGCGUUUGAGCAUUAUAAUUAGCCGACAGUUUGAGGUCGUUGAACAAAAUGAUGCACGUGGUGUUCAGCGCAGGGGUCGGAAACCAGAACAUCAAGACGAACCAUUUGUUUCGAAUUCGGUGAAAAAAAUUCUGUAUUUCAAUAGCCGCAAUGCACUGUGGUGGUGAAUACGAGACGGUGGUGGUCCUUAAUAAACGAUGUCACGAAGCGGUCCUUAAAGAGCCACAUUUUGCCGACCCCUGGUAUAGCGUGUAGAUCUUAAGCCUUCUAAACCUUCACAUCUCCACCAUGUAGGGCUAUCCGUGUGCCCCCCCCCCCCCAUGUCUUCAAACUAAAACGGAACUAUUACAUCUAACGCCGUGACGUCAAAGCGCGCCCCCCCCCCCCCAAAUCGCGGGGCCCGGGGCGGUCGGACCUAUUCGCCGUACCAUAGGGAUGGCUCUGCCACCUUGUCAAUGGCGUCCCACAUCAUCAUUCGUCCACUACACAUGGACCUGAGCAAAAUUUGGUACCACCUAAGGAAGCAAGCACAUAUUUAGUCGUACCCGUUUUUUUAAUUUUCGGCCACUACGAGUGAAUUACACGAUGACACCACUCGUUUGAAUUGGUCACACAAUUCACUGUCAUUGGCCGCGUAAAGGAAUUGGAAUCGCUAAAGUUCUGCCACUUGAGAUGGUAGCGACGAGUGAAAUAUCUGGUCUAUAUCGAGCGUGUGCCGUCGAAGAUCAAUCAAGCUUGUUCGGUUUAACACAAAGAUACAAACCCAUUAGGGGCACGUUGCUAACAUUUCACGCAUGCAGUUCAAACUGCCGUCUAUAAUUUUGUUUCAUAGUGGUUGAUGCCCGUGUGGACGCCCUGUAUUUUAUAUGCACUCACGGCGAAUGACAUUUGAACAUGCUCGCUGUUAUCUACUGCCUGACACAAGGUUGGAGCUGAGAAUUAAAAUGAUCCUGAACCACCCGA